AUGCUUGCGGCUGGCAGAAUCUUCGGUGAUAGCAAAUUAAGAAUUAUCAAUUCACGUCAGUUCGUCAACGAUUGUGGCUGGUUCCCUGGACAGCAGAGACCCCCAAACAAUCAGCCUCGACAUUGCAUCACCACUUGUCAGACCAUCACCACGACUCCCAACACUCGCCAUGCAUCUCUAGCUUACCUCAAGUUCGUCUGGGUUGCUGGAGCGUCCGGAAACAGGGCAAGAAAAAGACUGCAUAGUCGCAUCAACAUCCUCUCGCUGGUCGCCUAUUUCACCCAAGGCCGCAGGCAACAGAACGACAUAUGGGGACUGCGCCGCGCUACCCAAACGAGAUGCCUGGGCUAUAUACCUCUUCGCCGUCGCUUCGGCGCCGCGAAACACGUGACUGAACCGGAGGACCACGAGACCCGCAAGCGAUCCCGAGACACUCCAUCCACCACCCAUGGAGCCACUUCGUUCUGGGGAUCUCGCUUGACCGAUGCGAGGAGCCCUCCGCCGCUUGCACACGACCGCUACGAACUUGCGCGCGGCGGAAUGGACGAUUCGCCCCAUGUGUCGCGACAGAAUGGAGACUACGAUGAUUACUUUCAGCUGCAGAAACAGCGCAGGACCUGGUCGAUACCACCAACGCCCUACGGCGGAGCAGUGAAACGGUCGGCGGACGAGAUGGAAACAACAACAACAACAACAACGCCAGAGGGAAGCAAGUCAUGGAGUAUCUUGAGUCUGGUGGGAGGAGUUGCAGGCAAGCUGUUCCAAUUCUGCACAGUGCCAUUUCGAGGCUUUCAGGCAGGGAACGGACCAAAGUACAACCUCGAUUCACAAGACGAGAUUGCGACCAGACUCGGGCUCCAGGAUAACCCAUCCGAGUUCCAUUUCUCGGGCGCCGUUCAGCAAAUGACCCCUGGUAACUUCCCCGCCGACAACUAUGGCGUGCAACCGAUAGAUUCGAUCCAAGACGAGCGCCCGCGCAUGACAAAGCGCCUGCGCACAACAGACAAUUGGGUCGUCGUAGGCAACAACGGCGAAACCGAGUCUCGACCCUCGACACCACGCCUUGCCGAACGCCGAGUCCCAGACCACCGCAUAUCGCCCUCUCAAAUCCCGCGCCCAGUCGCAAAACCCGGCACAGCCACCCCUUCCCACAAACGACCCUCGCUCAUCCCCGUCUCACGCCGCUCCACCGUGGACCAGAAAUCCGUCCUCUCGAACCCACCCGCCCGUCGGCGAUCCUACAGCCGACAGAGCUACGGCUCCCCCACGGUCAACGAGGACCCGUUUAACAAGCCCAAGAGCCCAUUCUCCAAGAGUCCACUGCCCAAGGACAGUCAGCGGCUGCUGAGCAAGGUUCGACAAGAGGAGUUGGAGGAGGAUGCGCGCCUGCGGCGAAUGAGUUCGCAGAUGAGUGCCAUGCUCAAGGAGGCCAAGGAGGCUUUGGGCGCAAAGUUUGAGGUCGAGGAUUAUGCGGACGAAGACGAUGUGAUGGCUGAUGUGGGCGCAUCUACACAGCAACCAAAAUGGUUUUCAUAA